AUGUAUCGUCCAUUGGCUUCGUAUUUACUGACAUCCUUCGCAGCACCCUCGAAUUCGAAUUUUACCACCGUUGGGGAUCACCGCCACCAAUCAUUCAAUCCUAGCAUGCAGGAAGACAUAUCCAGGCUUGAAUCGGAGUUCAGACAUGAUUUCGCUUUGACGCAAAGAGAAGAAGCUACAAUUGUGUCCCAGAGAUUCCGCGAGAAAGUCUCUCUACCCAGCUUCCGUGAAAUUCAUGAAGCGUCUCUCGGAAAUUUCACCGCCACAACCGCCACCUUCAGUUGGCCCAGCUUGAAGCCUUCCUCUAAACUAGAAGACCCUUGCAUGUUCCGGAAUUUUGGCAAAGCGUCGACACUGUCUGAAUACAAAGCGUGGUCUCCGUCGUCGAGCUGCCCUUCGCCAGCACCCACCUCGCAUUGCACAACGCCUAUCUCCGAAUGUGGCUCUCUCGAGCGAACUCGAAGUGAGUACGAAGAUGAGGCUAUCGACGAAGACCAUCACAGCGACAUCUUUCAUGACUCUACGAUUCCUCUAGGGAGCAUUCGAGUCAUUCGCACACGCAAAGAGCUGUUUGACGACGCCCAUUCAUGUUCGUCAUAUACCUCAGAUCGUACAACUUCUUGUUACUCUGCCCCGAUAACGUCCCAACCGAAGGUUGAAACCCCUCGCAGAACCCCUCUCCCUCCAAUCAUCACCGAUUUUUCGUCAUCAACGACGGCCUCACAAGGUUCUACAAGCCCGAGCUCUCCGGACUCCACAACCACGGACAAAGCGCCUCGAAAUUCCAACUCCUCACGAAAGUGGGAGGAUUUUGCGGUACAUGUGGGGAGCAAUAAGUAUCUUUGCCUGUGGCCCGGGGAAACUUGCAAAUACCUAGCCAAAAAGCAAUUAGUGAAGCGCCACGUUGAAACUAAACAUAUGAAAUUGAAGGAUAGGUUUCCUCAGAAAACCUCCAUGAACGUCCAUGUUGCUUCCAAACAAUUCAUUGUCAUAAGCACCCGCAAUAAGCCGUACAAGUGUCCAUUCGAUGGAUGUCAACAAGCAUAUAACGACCCUGCUCGCUUGCAUCGACAUAAGAUCGAUGUCCACAAGUAUGUUCCGAAGGCGACCAUCCGGUGCAAGAAAAGGUCGAGAGUCUCCUCUCCUUCCAGCGACUAUGAUCUUACCACUGGACCAUCCCGAUAACUAUAAGGCUCCUCAAACCUUUGUACUCAACAGUGGGGUGGCGGCAGAAGUCCGUUGUUACUUUUUUCCUAUCAUCCUGGAUUCUUGUUUUGAGUAUGAUUUUGCUCGCCUUCUGAUUAUCCUGUAAUAUUCUUUUGGGUGCUAUAUUCCCCUCCUCGUGUAUUUUUUCAUCCGCGAGGGACCCACCACGCAUGUAAACCUCUGUCCUGUACUCCCUCGCGGUUAAUCAUUGCCUCAGCUACAUUUGUACAUCCUGUGAUAACUUAUUACCUUCCCGUUGAAUUAAUGUUGUCAAUAUCUUUUCAUACAUCCGCCGGAAAAGCAGAUGGAAUUCCGAGACAAAGAACACGGGAAGUUGAUGCCCCUCCCCCGUCUUCGACGGAAUUGAUUUAUGUCUCUUUGUAGGCGGCUCUGAUGGAAUGGCUACUAGUGAC